CUCUUUGAACGUACAUUUUCCCGCAAUUUUUAUUUUCUCUGAUUAAUAUUCGUUGAUUGAUUGAUUGUUAAUAUAAUGUGCUAUAGAUAUACACACGUUUUAAUAAUAUUACGUAUAAAAUAAAUGAUUAGUAAGAUAUUGUUCGUCUUACUAAAAGACAAGAAUCGAUUUAAAAUUCCGAGGUUAUGUUUCAUAGGGAACAAUUGAUAUUGCGUUUAAUUUAAUAAUCUUCAUGAUAAAGCGUCGUUAUUUAUGUAUCGAAAAAUAAAACCGAGAUACAAAAUUAUAUUGAAAUAGAACAAAAAAAUUAAUAAGCAAAAUAAUAUGUUAAGUAAUUUUUAAUAAGAUCUAGUACUUUUCAUUUGAGCAGAUUGGCUACGUGCAUCGUCUUAUCUUCGCGUAUACAUUUUCUAUACAGUCAAAUUUUUAAUUCGUAUUUAAACUUAAAUAAAGAUCAUAUCUUUUAGUUGGUUCCAUAUAUUUAAAAAAAAAUGUUUUGUUAUUAGAAAUAUCGAUGUAAUAUCGCGUAGUUAUAAUAAUGCUUCGUAGAUAUGUUAAAAAAUUUGAGUUUUUAUCGUAAAAGUUCACAGCUUCAAUUAUUUACGAAUAAUUUGAUGUACGAUAAGAUAGUGAAGCAAAGUUUAUUUCAUUUUGUUGAUAAGUGUUCUUGUUACGUUAAACGUGCUUCUAAUCAAACAUUUUCCUGUGUGUCGUCUAAAAUAAAUAUGAGUACUUUCAAAAUUUCUGAUUAUGACUGUAUUGGUUUUGAUUUGGAUAAUACUCUUUUAAAAUAUAAAAUAACAAAUCUAGUGCAUUUAGAAUACGAGAUAUUAGCUAAUUAUUUGGUGGAAGAAAAAGGAUAUAAUAGAAAAUAUUUGCUAAAGCCAUUAAACGACAAGGAUCUUGAUUUUAUGCAGAAAGGUUUAUUUUUAGACUUUGAUAGGGGAAAUAUACUUAGAAUAAGUCCAGAUGGUAAAAUUCAGAGAGCUUGUCAUGGUAGUAAAUUAAUGAGCAUAGACAAAAUUAAAGAAAUAUAUCCUGAACAACGAUGGCAAGUAAUGGAUAUAUUUUCUCAUGACAUGCUUGCUACUUGGAAUGAACCACUAUCUAUGAAAAUGCGAUCUCUAUUAGAUUAUUUUGAUAUUCCAUCUGCUCUUAUCUUUGCUAGAGCAGUAGAUACAUUGGACGAAGAAAAUAAUAAACCUUUAGAUAUAUAUAACAUAUGGCCUGAUAUGUUAAGUGGUUUAAUUUGGAUGUUCGAUCCUAAACAUUUUGAAUUAGACGAAGGGAAAUUUUUUCCUGCUUUAAAAAAAAAUCCAGAUAAAUAUUUACAUAAAUGUAAUCCAGAAACAAUAUCGUGGAUUCAGGAAAUGAAGAAAGAUAAAAUAACUUUCUUGAUUACUGGAUCAAAUAUUGAUUUUGUAGACUUAACUGCAACUUAUACUCUUGGGGAAAAUUGGAGAUCGUUGUUUGACAUUGUUAUUUGUUAUGCGAAAAAACCAGGAUUUUUCAUACAAGGGCAACCCUUUAUGACUGUAAUAAAUAAUAAAGAAGUUGAUAUUAUAUCAUCUAAUGAAUUAUUAAGAGGCAAUGUAUAUAGUCGUGGAAAUUGGAAAGAACUUUUAGAAUUUUUUAGUAGAAUAUCACACAAACAAAAUCCACGGUGUAUAUAUAUUGGAGAUAAUCUUAUACAAGAUAUUUAUGUACCAAAAGCAUAUGGUAAUUGUGAUACGAUAGCACUUGUAGAAGAACAAAUGUCAGAAGGCAUGAUUCAUCAAUGUUUAUCGCAUCUGGAUGAUAAAAUUUUAAAUUCAACUAUUUGGGGAUCUUAUUUUUGUCUAAAAGAUACAGCACUUAAUGUAGAUUCCAUAUGGGGUUAUAUAAUUAAAAGUUAUUCUGAAAUAUGCAUACCAAGUCUAGAUUUGAUUACAAAAAACGAUGCUCCAGAGUCUUUUACUCCUUUUAACAAAGAUAAAAAAAACUAUAGUGGAUAUUAUCCUGCUGUACCAUUAAGUAUAUCAGAUUUUUAAUCUACUAAAUAUACUUGGAUAACUUACAAAUUUAAUAAUAAUAGGUACGGAUUAUACCAGCUAUCAAGGAUCAGUUGCAGCAAUUAAAUCAUUUCAAAAGCAAUAAGAAAGAUACAAAACGUACUUUUAAAGAAAAACGUGCCCAAUUAAGGCAACAAGAAGGAAUAUUAGCUGUACAAAAUAUGUUAGAAA